UGUCUUUGUCCUUCUGAAGUAAUCCGUAAUGAAGAGUUACACAAAAAUGAAGACACUCAUUUAAUUAGACAAAGUAAUUAACGUUAAGUAAAAAAAAAAAGAUUAAGGGAUUUGUCUGCUUUGUGGUCUACUUAUUUGUUUUUCUAUAGUCUGCCUCCGACACGAAGAAACAGUCUGUAGCUGUUAACAGAAGAAAGAAGACCAUUUUUCUUUCCUUCCUGUCCUGUACACAUCCAGCUCCACACAACUGACAAUUUCUUGGAUCCAGGAUGAAUGGGCUGCAGAGCAGCCCACAGGAUGAGGCUGUCGGAAGUACUUGCACAAUUGAGGGCCUGCCCCCUCUGCCCAAAGGACUGAGUGGCAUCCUGAACUCCAGUGGAGGCUCUUGGCGUGACAUUGAGAAACUGUACAGCAAAAAAACGCGGAUCCAAGAUGAUCUGAGCAAAUCGCGGGUCAACACAGAGAAGCUAAUUCAGAAUAAGCCUGCCAACCUAGAUGCAGCUUUAGCUGUUCUGCGGAAAGAGAUGGUGGGUCUUAGACAAUUGGACAUGUCUCUGCUGUGUCAGCUGUGGUCACUUUAUGAGUCAAUUCAGGAAUACAAGGGAGCAUUCCAAGACAUGUCUUCAUCUCUGAUGUCCGAGGGUUCCUUUACAACAGAGAAUGGCUUCUCAGAGGAGGAAGAGGAUGAUGAAGAUUUUGAACCUCCAUCAGGAGCCUCCCUGAGCCUACCUAAGCCCACCCACAAUUCUCGAGACCAGUGGAUCCAGGACUCUUUUCAUAUUCCACUUUAAGCCUCGGUAUAUUCAUGCUAACUGUACGAGGCCAGAAGGACUACAGAUAUUUAAAUAGGUGCUUUGCCAUCCAUAUCAAAAGAAUGUAAAAUUCAGGGUCUGUCAUUCUGAAAUGUUUGUUUUUAUUAUACACGGAAAAACUACUUUUUGAAGUACCUUCCUUGACUGCCACAUUAAGGCUGUACAGCAGAAUUAAGACCUAAUGCCUUAUCGUGUUUUCUUAGACUUGGCAGGAGAACUUGACAUGCAGUUUAGACUGACCGCUGCUUAAAGUAUACUUAGGAUUUUAAGUGCUGAUUUUCAAUCUUAAAUGUUAAGAAAUAAUUAGAAGUACUGUAUUUGCACAACUACAUUUUCUCACCAGUGUAGUAUUAUACAGACUUAAGAAUGUCACUGUGUUUCCUGUAGUAGCCUUGCUUUAUUGGAUAGUACUAGAGAGUCAACAACAGAAAUCAACAGUUGUGGAAUAUCCAUUUCCUAAGUGAUUGCUAGAAUGCUGCGUAUGACACGGUGCUGAGUUUAUCAUGCUUCCUUGCUCACAUAUGAACGAAAGUCCUUGGCAAAGACAGCUCAGGGGCAAACCUAACAGUAUGUAAACCAGCAGAUGCAUGACCACAUUAUUGGUAAAUCCUUGAUGUUAUUCAUUUGCACUUGCUUUAUUUCUGUAAUAUUUUAUUAAACUUGCAUUGUAUUAUUUAUAAGCAAGCCAAAUAGCACUUUUUACAUUUGACAGUUUUUCAGGGGGACAAGAGAACAUGUCAAUAUACAGUUAUAUGUUUGUCUUUGAAGAGAUUAAGUUUUCUCCAAAGAGUGAAUUCUCUUAUGAAAAUUCAGGAUUUCAUCUAAGUGUAAUUUUUUGCUACCUAUUUAGAAAAUGAGAUUAAGAGUCUAGUUGUCAUACAGACAUUGCAAUUAGACUAAAGUGGAUCAAGAAUGCAGUCACAAUAUUUGUUGACUUAGUACAACUUUGCUGAAGUGUUUUUUUAUAUCUUCAAUUAGCAUUCAUGAUUUGUAUUUGUUACCAGCUUAAUUAGAGGUGCUAAAGAGGUAAUGCUUACAACCAAAUAGCCUGAUUAUUAUCAGUCAUAUACAAAAGUUAAUUUAGCUAGCACUUAAAAUGGUGUUUGGAAUAAGUAUUUUAUUUUAAGUGCCUUUUGUAAUUCUAAAAAUUUAGCUUUUUCACCUAUGAAGUCCUUGUUGUUGUAAGUUAUGAAGACCACAUUUUCUUCAAGGUCUUCUGCAGUAUUUUUGUUAGGUAUACCUCUUUUCAAACUUCAAACUUGAUAACCCCAGUAAUGUUUAUUCUGAACAAAUUAUUUCCAUGUGGGUUGGUGGAGAAGCAUACAUAACACUGCUGCUUAGCUAGCACUUUGUUUUUGAGCUGACAUGCCUACUGUGUGAGUUUGCAUAUUUCAUCUAGUUUGCAUGAGAGCUUCUGUUUCUCCCACAGCUAAUAACAUGUGUCGUGUCGUGUCAUUUGGAGAGUUUCAGUUUCGCCGCUGUGACUGUGGCUGUGUCACUUUCUGUGUGUGUGUUUGUGUUUCCCAUCUAAAUUUGGUUGCUGCUUUGAGAACAGUUUUACUCUGCAUGUCCUGAAAAGUUCUAGAUAUGUGUUCCAAAAUAUAUGUGUGUUUCUUUGUACAUUUUCAGGUAAUUCCAUCAUCUUUGAUUAAUAUGCAUGUGCACAAUUUGAAAAUAAAAGUUACAAGUAUACCAA